UAAGGAAGUGAAGGCUUGCUUGUUUAACAUUCCAAUAUUAUAUUGAUAAAAUUGUAAAUGUUGACUGUGAGGUUUUGUCGAUUAAAAGUGACCAUCCAGCAUGGAAGCGGCCGCCAAAUUCACCUUCAGGGCUACUGCAGAUGAUGAACUUUCCUUUGAGAAAGGUUCUAUCGUCAAGGUUUUAAACAUGGACACUGAUCAACAUUGGUACAAAGCCGAACAGAAUGGUAAUGUCGGUUAUAUUCCAGCCAACUACAUUGAAAUGAAACCCCACGAUUGGUUCCACGGCAAAAUAACAAGAACAAAAAGCGAGGAACUGUUAAAACAGCAAACACUUGAUGGAGCAUUCCUAGUCAGAGAAUCUGAAAGUUCCCAAGCACAAGGCGAUUUCUCCCUGUCAGUAAGGUUUAACGGAGCGGUGCAGCAUUUCAAAGUGCUUCGGGAUGGCGAAGGAAAAUAUUUUCUUUGGGUCGUCAAAUUUCUUUCACUCAACGAGCUAGUCGAGUAUCACCGAACAUCGUCCGUGAGCAGGACACAACAAAUAUUUUUACGCGACCUUCAGACGCAAACGAAUGACCAGGCUAAGGCCGUAUUCACAGUGAAAGCACUAUUUGACUUCAAACCUCAGGAGGAGAACGAACUCGAGUUCAAGAAAGGACAAAUUAUCCAGGUUGUCGAGAAGGACGACGCGAACUGGUGGAGAGGGAGACUGGAGAACAGGGAAGGACUAUUUCCUUCAAACUAUGUUGCAGUACAGUAGACCAGCGAUAAUAUAUUAUUGUAGGCGAAUAACUGUAGAAUACCCCGGUUAUGCAAGUUUGUUGUUUUGCAAUGCAAAUGAACAUUUUUAAAUGAAAGCGCAUUUAGAAGCAAAAAUCUAGUUUGUUUAAGCAAAAAGUUUUUUUAAAGCCCUGUUAAAUUUUUUUUACAUAUCUUCACUAAAUCGAUGAACCGGCCUUGUUCACCUCUCAAGUGGUGCGAGACAUCUCAAAAGUGCAAAAAUUACAUGCAAAAAAUGGCUUCAAGUUGGCGGCGAAAUAGCCGUCAGUUAUAGUUCCAGUCAAAAUACAGUUCACUGCAUGUCAUUGUAAUGAACGAAUUUGUGCCAGAGUGCCACAUGCAGUACUCAUUUCCAUUUUUCAGAAUCGUAUUGUGUAAAUGGCCGUAACUGAAAGAAAUUGGUUUGAAAAACUAAUGAAAAGCAAUUCUUUAGUGUGUUGGUGUACAUUUCAAAAUGUUCGCUCUGUAAAGGUCUUAAACUAGUCAGUAGAAUACAACUUGCUGGUGUGGGGUAUUCCAUAGUUAAUACAAAUGUAGCUUAGUGAAAUAGUGUAUGAUAGAAGCAGCUGUAUUGAAUCCAAGCAAACGCAACCAAGAUUAUUCGUGCUGAAACUGAUUGUCAGGAGAAAUGACUUGGUGUUUUCCAAAGGAAAUCCGAAAUUAAGUCAUAACAACUUGCAUGCACACAUUUUCCACACGUGGUGACUUAAAGUCUUUCUAGCAAUUACAUUGCGUAUACUACUUCAAAUUGCCAUGACCAAUAUAUGACUGGUUACUUUAAAUUAACCAGACCUUAUAUAUUACAGUGAGUACCUUUUAUGAAGAUGUUUUGUGGUUGAAUUCGAAAGAAAAAUUGGCCUGUGACAUAGUCGAUGACUCAAUGGCGUUCCUUACCGACCGACAAUUCUAAAAUAUUCGAAAGAGUUUUAGAAUAUGUGAAUUCAUAAUGUACAACUGGUUUAAAAAUUUCAAAUUUUGAACAAAACAAUUCAGUUGAGAUUUUCCGUGAUUGUUUCAUGAUACAAGAUAAAUCUAUUCGGUUUAACCUCAUAUAACCCAUACUUAAUUGUCUUCUAUUGUUAGAGCCAACCAAUCACAAAACGUCUUCAUAUCGAGGUAAGGUACUGAUAAUUUUAUUUUGGUGUUAUUUCCUAUUGGGUGCACGUGUCACCGUUGGGUCAUUAACCUCAUAUCCAAGGUGAUGGGGGAUGCCAUCACAGAUCCUCCAAAUUCGGUGAAUCCCGGUGUUUCUAUCCCCCUUUCUCCCUUCCUCCCCGCCGCUGAAUUCCCAGUCAGGUGUAUUAACUUCUGGUGAUUAGCCAAAUGAAAUAAGCACCAUGAAAUACGGUUUGUCACUACGAUAUCCGAAGAAAUAAUCUAGAAAUAUUUUUCAAAUGGCCUGUGUGUAUUAAAAUAAUUUAAAAAUUCGUUGUUUUGGCAAAAUUCGUCAUAACUUAGCCCCGGUUUACACUCAUCAAAUUUUCUGUGAUCAACGUUGAAAUUUUUAAACAACAAAUCCUAAGUUUUAAAAGAUUUAUUGAAAAUACUGGAAGGAACUGUAACACUAAUCCAUACUAGGUUAUUUUAUCCUAAUAUUCAGUUAAUAAUAUUUAAAACUUUGGAUUUAACAAUUCCAAAUUGCAACUGUGAUCACAGAAACUUUGACAGUCUAAACCGGGCCUUAGGCUUAGUCGCAUGCAAGCAGGCCGGAGUGAAUACCUAUAUGUGCCGUGCAAGAGCGCUUCUAGUUUUGGUAGAAUUUAAAAGUAUAUACCCAUUGCUCAAUUGUACUAUACCUAAACUGGUAAUAUAUAUAAUAUAUUAGGUAGUACGCAUCUGUAGACAUAUUAAAAUGAAAUUUUCAUACGUUGUAAUGGCUGUAAAAUGUAUCCUAUAAAUAAAUAAACGGCUCUAUGAAAUAGAGUAAUAUGUCUAGUGUAAUAAUUUGGCCCUUAAAAUCAGAGAUUGU